AUGGAGUCCAACCUGCAGGGAACCUUCCUGCUGAACAACACGCCGCUGGCUCAGUUCUCAGAGAUGAAGGCCCCCGUGUGCCAGUACUCGGUGCAGAACUCCUUCUACAAGCUCAGCCCCCCAGGGCUGGGCCCCCAGCUGGCCGCCGGGACCCCCCAUGGGAUCACGGACAUCCUGAGCAGGCCCGUGGCCACGCCGAACAGCAGCCUCCUCUCCAGCUACCCCCACGUGGCAGGCUUUGGUGGACUCGGCUCCCAAGGGGUCUACUAUGGCCCCCAGGUGGGGAAUUUCUCCAAGGCUGGGAACGAGUACCCCACCCGGACCCGGAACUGCUGGGCGGACACAGGCCAGGACUGGCGAGGCGGGCGGCAGUGCAGCCACACCCCAGACCCCCUGAGUGACAGCAUCCACAAGAAAAAGCACACCCGGCCCACCUUCACGGGUCACCAGAUCUUCGCCCUGGAGAAGACCUUUGAGCAGACCAAGUACUUGGCAGGCCCUGAGAGGGCGCGACUGGCCUACUCGCUGGGAAUGACUGAGUCACAGGUCAAGGUGUGGUUCCAGAACCGAAGGACCAAGUGGCGCAAGAAGAGCGCGCUGGAGCCUUCCUCCUCCACGUCCCGGGCCCCGGGCGGCGCGGGCGCAGGCGGGGACCGCGCGGCCUCGGAGAACGAGGACGACGAAUACAACAAGCCGCUGGACCCCGACUCGGACGAUGAGAAGAUCCGGCUGCUGCUCCGCAAACACCGCGCCGCCUUCUCGGUGCUCAGCCUGGGCGCGCACAGCGUCUGA